AUGAACAAAAUUCAUCCUCAGAAUUUUGAUGCAGCUUCAUUUGGUUCAGCAAAAUCGCUCUUCACUGCUAAGAGAGGUACUAUACAUAAUCUACAAAGCUGCCAUAAUGAUUGUCCUGCGUGUAUCCCUUGCACUCAGCGAUGUAUCUGUGUGUCUGCCAUUGGUCUUAGUGUACUUGGUGUCAUCGCUGCUGUCAUUGCAUUGGUUGUCACAGUUGGUAUCCCUCCACAUACACCAGUUAAUCGUUUAUGUGUGACCUCCAGUAACCAGACAGGCUUUUUAUGUGACAACAGAGAGAGCUGCAUUCCAGCCAGUCAGGUCUGUGAUACAAGAAAAAAUUGUGCAAAUGGGGAGGAUGAGCAAGAGGCACUAUGUGGUGAUCUGCCCAACAGCCUUCCAGAAUACUUGAUAUUCCAUUGUGGCAACCGCAGGUUUUGGAUCUAUGCAGACCAAAGAUGCAAUGGAAUCAAUGACUGUGGAGACUGCUCUGAUGAAAUAGGAACUUGGGCCAGUUGCCCUCCUUGUGGGCCUCAGUGGUGGGGAUGCACCAUGGUAGUCUUCCAUAUGUACUGUACCUGCAUUCCCAGACAUCUUUGCCGAGAUGGAAUACAGCACUGCAUUGACUGGUCUGAUGAAUAUAUCUGCACAAGAUGAGCAGCCCAGGACUGUAACCUUCAGAAAAUAAGGGGAGCUAUUCAUUAAGUACUAUAGUUGGGGAAUUGCCAUUUCUUUCAGAGGGGUUUGCAGAGGAUACUUUAUGUAGUGUUAGAAGCACUGUUCAUAGACCAGCGAUUCUUCACUUUUGAGCUCAUGAAGGUAUUUAGAAACUCCUGUGCCUUCCUCAAAGCCCACUAAAUACAGUUGUUACCAAAUAGAAAGAUAGGUGGAUGGAUAGACAGAUAGAUCUGGCUUUGACUUUACACACAGUGGUAAACCGUUUGUAACCCUGAAUCUGUGAAACCUUGCUUGAUAACAGCAGAAAUGAGCAUAACUCAUCUCAAGCAAUGUCCUUCUCAUAGUUACAGUCUAAUCCUAUGAGUGUAGCAAUGGUGGCUACAGCACAAGAAUGUAUGGUCAUGCAAGCUAGUUGGUAUCUUUUUCCUAGCUGGCAUUAUGAGGUCAGUGAAAACCUGUCACGUGAAUCCUUUUUUGACUAUUUCCCACUCUUUCCUUUCUUUGUUCUUUUCCCUUAGUAGGCUAUAGGCAUGUGGGUGUUUGAUGAGUGAAAGGUCCUUAAUUUCAAACUAUGCUAGUGUGUUUGCAAA